CGGGUCGCGCCCGCAGCGCACAGAAUGUGGCAGCGGACACGGCCCCGACCCCGCGCGCCCUGGCUCUGGGCGCUGGUGCUGCUGGCCCUGGGAGGCGCAGGGCUGUGCCACGCCGGCCCUCAGCCCAGGCACCCCGCGCGGCACAGCGCCAGGAACAAGAACUGGUGCGCCUACAUCGUGAACAAGAACGUGAGCUGCUCGGUGCUGGAAGGAAGUGAGAGUUUUAUUCAGGCUCAGUACAACUGUGCCUGGAACCAGAUGCCCUGUCCGUCCGCGCUCGUUUACCGUGUGAAUGUCAGACCCAGAUAUGUCACCAGGUACAAGACGGUGACACAGCUGGAAUGGAGGUGCUGCCCUGGCUUCAGGGGAGGAGACUGCCAAGAAGGUCCCAGAGACCCCAUGAAGACUCCCCGCCCCACACCCGCUCAGCCGAGAAACAGCGUGAAGAAAGCCACAGACAAUGAGCCAAGCCGAGUCUCAGAGCCUGAGAAGACUUUGUCACCAACUCCUGCAGCAGAACUAAGUCUGAUCGCAGAUCCAAAACAGGGGCCCCUAGAGCUUCAGGAAAAGAAAAUCCAGGUGCUUGAGGAGAAGGUUCUCCGACUCACGAGGACGGUUCUUGAUCUCCAGUCUUCCAUUGCUGGAGUGAAUGAAAACCUCAAACACUCCAUUCAGGAUGAUGCCAGCAAAAUGCUGGCAUCAUGGCUCAAUAACCUGCACCCCCAGCCAGUGCCUGACGGUGCUGUUGGUGGAGAACCAGAAACGGUCCAGCUUCCUGGUGUCCUCAACAAUAAGGAAUCUGGUAUGAAGGACAUCAAGUCUGAAUUGGCUGAAGUCAAGGAUGCUCUGAAGACCAAGAGUAACAAGCUGGAAGAGCUGGAUGGGAAAGUGAAGGGCUAUGAAGGGCAGCUCAGACAGCUCCAGGAGGCGGCCCAGGGCCCUACGGUCACCAUGACGACCAAUGAGCUCUACCAAGCGUAUGUCGAUAGUCAGAUUGAUGCCCUGAGAGAGGAGCUCAUGGAGGGAAUGGACAGGAAGCUGGCUGAUCUGAAGAACUCGUGUGAGUAUAAGCUAAUUGGUCUCCAGCAGCACUGUGAUGACUAUGGGAGCAGCUACCUGGGAGUGAUCGAGCUUAUAGGAGAGAAGGAAACCAACCUGAGAAAAGAAAUCAGUGACCUUCGAGCCCGGGUCCAAGAGCCUUCAACCAGGGCAAAUUGCUGUGACGGUGCCGAGAAUGGUGACUUUGGGCAACAGAUCAAGAUGUUAGACCAGAAAAUUGAAAGAGUUGCUGAAGCGACCAGAAUGCUGAACGGACGACUAGACAAUGAGUUUGACCGCCUCGUAGUUCCAGAGCCGGAUGUGGACUUUGAUGCCAGGUGGGAUGAACUGGAUGCAAGGAUCAACGUGACAGAGAAGAACGCGGAGGAACACUGCUUUUACAUUGAAGAAACCCUCCGGGGGACCAUCAGUGGGGAGGUAAAUGACUUGAAGCAGCUUCUUGAUCAGAAAAUACAGUCUCUGCAGGAACGGCUGGGGAGCGCGCUCCUGGCGAUGGCCAACGGCUCGGAGGCGGAACUUGCUCCCCCAGCGUCAGCCCUGCCUGGUGGGUCGGGGGCUGGGAAUGAACAGGUCGUGGUGGAGUUAAACCACCUGAAGGACAAAGUGCAAGUGGUGGAGGAUAUGUGCCUACAGAACUUCCAGGGAGAGCCUCGUGGGAGAGAAGAUACUUUGCGAAACGGAGACGACCCCUCAGCAGGUGACACUUUGAGCCUUUUGAAAUCUCUAAAUGAUACAAUGCAUAGGAAGUUUCAAGAAACCGAGCGUAGCAUCCAAAGACUUCAACAGGAUUUUCGUUUUCUUUAUUCUCGACUAAACCACACAGAAGACCAUGUGAGUCAUCUUCAUAAUGAGCUGAGCAGUGGUAGAGAAGGUAAAAAGACUGCAGGGCGUGGGUCUUCUAAGGGGGGUGAGCCCCUCCCGUCUCCCCCGGCCGCCUCGGUGCAUUGCUGCGACCAGCUGGAGGGGAGGUGGCAGCAGCUGCAGGGCCGGGUCCUCGCCGAGCUGGACACUUGUAAGGAGAAGACACACGGGGUCCAGAGGGGGGUCUCCAUGGUGGAGGACAGGGUGUCUCAUAUGGAGAAAACCUGUAGCAAACUGGACUCCAUCUCAGGAAGUCUUCAGAAAAUCAAGGAAGGGCUCAACAAGCAUGUCAGCAGCCUCUGGAGUUGUGUCAGGCAGAUGAAUGGGACGCUCCGGGCACAUUCCAGAGACAUCUCUGGCCUGAAGAAUUCAGUCCAGCAGUUCUAUAGCCAUGUUUUCCAGAUUUCUACUGACUUGCAAGAUCUGAUCAGAUUUCAACCAUCGGCAACCGAGGAGCCCUCAGCAGCACCUCAGCCUCUGCCCCAAGGGAAGGCCCCGCACCCGGCAGAGGCCCCCACCAAGUCAUCUGCUCCAGCACUGACCCCUCCACCACCGUCCAGUGCUCCCCCGCCACCCAAGGACCCUGGACAGCAGCCGUACACAGGCCAGCAGCUUGUCCUGCCCAAGAGACGCCCCCGGCCACUGCCCCCGCUGCUGCGGCCCGGCUGGACGGGGCUGCCCUUCUUGCCUGGCUCCACCGGGGUCAUUAUGGAGACUGGAGAGGCCGGGCCCCCGGGAAGGAUGGGCAUGUCGGGGCGUGGACUGCCCCGGGGCGUGGACGGCCAGACUGGGCAAGGGCCCAUCCCCAGGGCCGAAGGCUACGCGGGAGCACCAGGGUACCCCAAGUCACCGCCUGUAGCCUCCCCAGGGUUCCCGGCGCCGUCUCUGGUGUCCUUCUCCGCGGGGCUCACCCGGAAGCCUUUCCCCAGCGAUGCGGGCGUCGUCCUCUUUAACAAAGUGCUGGUGAACGACGGGGACGUGUACGACCCCAGCACCGGGGUCUUCACAGCUCCGUACGACGGGCGCUACCUGAUCUCGGCCACGCUCACCCCCGAGAGGGACACGUACGUGGAAGCCGUCCUUUCGGUCGCCAACGCCAGUGUGGCACAGCUGCACACGGCCGGCUACAAGAGAGAAUUCCUGGAAUACCACCGGCCCCAGGGGGCUGUGCACACUUGUGGGGGCCCAGGGGCGUUCCACCUUAUCGUGCACUUGAAGGCAGGGGACGGCGUCAACAUCGUGGUGACCGGGGGCAGGUUGGCUCACACAGACUUUGACGAAAUGUACUCCACGUUUAGUGGGGUUUUCUUAUAUCCUUUCCUGUCCCACCUCUGAGGUGGCCGGGCAAGGGAAGGGGAAAGAGUUGUAGGAACUCGGCAGCUUUAAUGCAUUCAGCGUGUGUGUGUAACUGGAGAACUGGUCUAGUUUCCUGCAGACACCCCACCACCUCCCCCAGGUAAAGGCCACGCCUGGCUGCCAAGGCAGUGAGGAGUAAACCACGGGCUAACGUGGCCAUGGCACCUAAGAGUCAGAAGCGCCCCUGCCUGCACGCCAGCUCCUCCCCCUGCGUCUCCCAGCUCCCACCUCUGGCUCCGCCGUGGCCUGAGCUCUCUCCGAGGGGCCUGUGCUGGGCCUACAGGGUGCUGACCGCGGAGGCUGCAACUGCUGCCCGGUGGGAUCAUGCCCUGCUGCUGGGGAAGGACGAGCCGCUGAGAGGAGGCAGAACUGGCACCAGUGGCCAGACUUUACUGGAGCAGAGCUGUCGCCAGCUGCUUCUGUCUUCACUUAUCCUGCAUGUGGGAGAAAAGUUUAAACACUGAAGUGGCACAUGCCACCACAGACCUAGGGUGGACAGUGGGCUGUCCCAGGUUUGGCUCGCCACCCCGCUCCCUCCCCCCACCCCGGGUUUGCCUGACUGAGAGGGACACAGGAGAGACUGUCAUGUGGCUUGUUGGGCUCCUUGAAUGACAUGUACGACUUAAGUGCAAAGACAGGGAGUGUCAAUAAAGAUGUAAAACACUUCCAGUUCAGUCUGAUGCCUUCUGGAUUGAGAGUUGCUGCUGAAAAGCAAACUACAGUAAAUGACUUUAACGGCUGCAGAAAGUAAGCUUGAGUAAAUUCAUCUCAACCAUGCAACUGUUAUCCCUCAGCAUCCAUGCCAUGCACUUGGGGGUUGUUCUUGGCUUGUAAAGACAGACAGACUAGAUGUGCUUGGAGGUCAGAGUCCCCAUGUGAGCCCCACAGCUGAAAAGGGGGCUUCUCCAGGGGGUGCUGAACAUUCACAUUGAACCCGCAGCUGCCCAGCUCACAGCAGAUGCAGCUAUAAGGACUCCCGAGCUCCCAGGCAACAAGAGGCCCAACACAAAACCGACCACACUGAACACCGAGGUCAUCUGAGGAAAGCAGGACUCCUCCUGUGGAGAGCACGCUCUGUUCCCGGGAAGCCCAGGCCCCUCACUCCUGUACCGGCAGCCACACCAAACCCUUAGCUCCGCGUGGUCUUUGCUAAUCAGGUUGGUGAGACCUGUUGGCCAACCACGUGCCACUGUGGGGAGGAAAGUCCCCCCAGAGCCCCAGGGAAAAGAUGUGGACAAUAGAAACCAGUUUCCUUGGCCGACAUCAAGCCACCAAGGUACUCGUAUCUUGUAAGAAUGCUUUUUCCAGGACUGCUUGCAAAUGAGAGUCCAGGGCAGCCAGUGGACAGAGAGGCCAGCCUUCUCCCUCACCCCCUCCACCAGCUAGGGUGAAGGGGCCAAGAACGGAAGGCGGGGCCUCUCUGUCCGGGGCAUGGGGGUGGGCCAGCACGCUUGCCCCAUUUCUACAGCUGGAGAAUUGGCUAGCAGUGGCUUCCAAGAAAUGACUCAUGGGAAAAACCCCACUGCAGUGGAGCAUUUUCAGGAAAACCCAGUGGGCACAUGCUUCUGCUCUCUCCACCUCACACCCCCUUUAAAGACCUUACCUGGUGCCAAAGGGGACAAAUGCUCAAUAGCCAGAAAGGCAGGGAGCAGACAGAAGGUAGAGAAUUACUUUCCUCCACUCCACAGACGGUGCUUAGAGCAGCAACUGAAACACCCCAUCUGCCGGUGCAUCCUGACUCAUUUAUUGACAACGGAGAAGUUCCGCUCUCUAUCCACGACUGCAGCAGGUCCUGCGUUGACUUCAAUGGGAUGAAAGCUAGACCGUGGUUCACAGGAGUCAGCGUCUGUAGAAGGGAAAGGCUGUCCUCUUGCACAGAGAGAAGCGAGCUGGGCUGAGCUCAGGCUGGGAGGCUCAGAGCAGCUCCUCAAGACAUCAGCGGCCCAGCGCUGUGAGCCUGGGAGUGAGACGUGUGGACCAGGCCCCUGGACUCUGAUCAGGCACAAGGCUACAACUUCUGAAACAAGGGGUUGUUGAGAAGGUCAGGGCGCCCCCCGAGAGAAGCAGAGACAGUACCGGGAUGUUCUGCCCCCACAUCUAACAUCAGCAAAUGGCCUCACGCUGAAAUGGUGAAAAACAACGAAAGACGACCAGCGGUGAAGACCACAAAUCAGUGCAAACUUCGUUUUACAUCAUUCCCGUGUUAGUGCAUUAACCUUUCUCAGUGACCCUAUUAUCUUAUUUCUCACAAUCUGCAGUUCGAAAGACGGAUUUGUGAUCAGAGGCAUGUGAAACGUGGCUUUCCAUGCAUCCACACCCACUUCCUGAACACCCGCGCGUGCUGUCCCUGUCCCAUCCCAUCAACGGGGAAGGACAGCGCAGUCUGGCAGCGCGGCGGGCCACGGUGGAGCCGGCUCUCGGCGCUCCUGCCCAAGCGCUGGCAGCCGGUUCCUGAUCGUGAACCUCCCUGUCUGAGCUCUUCCCUCUCUCGCGGAGCACACCCCACAGAGCCGCGGCUCC